CGCGGCUCCGUGGGUGCGGUGCUGCUGGCCCCCAGCCGAGAGAGGGCGGAGGCGCUGCAUGAGGCGGCGUUCGCACUGCUGGCGGCGGCGGGGGGCGGCAUGGGCGUGAUGGUGGUCCACGGCGGCACCCGGCUGCUGCGAGACGACGUGAGCGGACUGCGCUGCCAGCCGCCGUGGCUGCUGGUGGGCACACCGGGGCGGCUGGGGCAGCUGCUGAGGGACAGGGAGGCUCGGUUGGGCCCGCUGUUCGAGUCGCUGCGUGUGUUGCUGCUGGACGGGGGGGAGGCGCUGGCAGCACCUGGGCUGAGGCUGCAGGUGGAGCGGCUGCUGCGGCUGCUGCCCAACACCGCCCUCUCCGGCUCCCGCGCUGCACCCGCCUCCUCCGCCUCCUCCUCCGCCUCCUUCUCCUUCUCAGCGCACCACCCCCGGCAGCAGACACCUCCCCGGCAGCCCCCCUCGCAAGCCAGCAGUGCGGGUGCGGCGGGUGCUGCCUUCUCAACUACUGCGCUGCCUGCUACUUCUCCUCCUCCCCCUGCCGUGAGGGCGUCGCCUCGCGUGGUUACGUUGAUGACAGCCGCACUAGCAACAAUACCCGCAGCAGUACCACCAACACCAACAGCAGCAGCAGGCACAACCCCACCUGUGGGGGCACCGGUAGCGCCCUCAGCAGCACCCAACCACCCAACCUCACGUCCCUCAGGGGUGGCAGGAACCAGCACCACCACCACAGCAGCAGCAGCCUCCGCUGCUCCCUCGCGUUCGUUCGACUUCCUCCUCCAACCGCCGGCGGGCCUGCAUGCCCUCACCGCGGUGGCGUUACGACCGGGGUUCGUGGUGUCAUACAUGGGGCCCGCGGUGCCGUACUCUUCGUCAUGUACGGCAGCGGCGGCGGCGGCGGAUUCACGUCAAGUGUACGAUCACGGCGGCGGCGGAUGUGGUUUCGGAGGCGUUCCUGCGGGGGCCCCUACGUCAUCCUCCCUGGCAGCAGCCGUCGCGGCGGCGCUGGCAACCGAGCGGCCUGCUGUCGCCGCCGCCGCCGCGGCUGCAGCAGCAGCAACGACCGCACCUUUUUCCCCGCUAGCAGGACCUAGCAGGACUGCGAUGGCGCCGCCGCCGUCAUCGCCACCGUCUUCUUCCUCCGUCGCCACAAGACCAGCAACGGCAACGGCAGCAACGGUGACGGCCCCGUCAAGACCAGCGAUGUUGACAACGCAGCAGCAGCAGGCAGGGCUGCCCGCGUCCUCCGCCUCCGCCGCUAGCGCUGUCUCGGGGUCGGGGCCGUUCCGGACAAGUGCUGCGGCUCCCUUAGCGGCGGUUGCCGUACCUUUGCACGUACUUGCAGUGCCGUACGAGGAACAUUUGUCGUACUUGUACGUCAUCCUACGUCAGCAUAUGCUGUCGGAGGGCCGUCACAAGAUCAUCGUACAGUUCCCGAGCGCGCAUCUUGCGGUGUUGUACGCCCGGAUUUUCCAGGCCCUGGGAUUCCCCGUGGCUGAGGCCCACAGUCGCAAGGCCCAGGUGGCUCGUACGGCGGCCGUAAGGGACUUUGCUGCGGGCCCCCGGGGGUUGCUGUUCGCAACAGACCUGGGGGGCGGGGCGGGUGUGGAUGUGCGGAGCGGCCUGACGCUGCUGUUGUGGAUGGGCCUGCCGUCCGGUUCACCUGACUCGCUUGUACAGCAGUUGUCUGCCGUACAGCAACUGGUGGCUGCUCAGCAAGUGGCCUUGCCACCGCCGCCACAACCGCCUGCACCGCUGGCAGCACCGCAUGCUACUGCCGCCUGCAGUACUGAUGGCUGCAGCCCCCGCAGCAGCAGCGGCGGCGGCGCCGCCAGCAGAGCCCCUGCCGGACCUGGACUAACCCCGUCACUGUCACAAGCGGUGGCGCCGCCGCCGGUUACUCAUCCUCAUCCUCAUCCUGAUCCUCAUCCUCCUCCGCCGCCACUGCUGCUUCCUCGCUGUCUGCUGCUGCUCAACGGAACGGAAACCCCGGUUGCACCGGUGGCGGCGGCGGCGACGGUGCCCAGUGUCGCACCAUCAGCACCCGCAGCGGCAAUAACGGGUCAGCUGGCGGCGGCGAUGGCGGCGGCGGGCCUGGGGCGCGCUGUCGUACCUGUGAACCCCGGCGCCGUCUUCGCCGGACCGUUGGAUGCCGUACAGGUUCGUGUCGUACACGCACUCCGGAAGGUUCCGCCGAAUGUGAAGCAGAAGGGGCUGGAGGGCUGGCUGGGCCACUUGGUGGCUGCGAGUAGGUGCUGCUUGGACGCUAGGAGGAGCAGCAGCAGCAGCAGCGGUGGCAGUAGCAGUGGCAGGGACAGCGGUAGCGGGACGGACGGUUACGGCGGCAGUAACUGGCCUGCUGGAGGCCGCGCGGGCAGCAGCGGUGGCGGUAACAGCCGCAGUAGCAGCGGCAGGCCUGGCAGCGUGCAAGGGGCGCUAAGGGCGGAGCAGCUGGGCGAGUGGGCUCGACGCUUUGCAACCACAAUGGGCUUGCCGCUACCCCCGCUGCUCAGCCGCCGAGCCGCGCUGCGCAUGGGUCUCUCCCAGCUGCCCGGAGUGGCCAUCGUGGAGGCUUACCCCGCACCCCCGCCCCUGCCGCCACGGCCUCCGCCCUCCCUGCUGCUGCACCCCCCGCAUCACACCAGCACAGCACCGGUACCGCCGCCUCCCUCGCAGCCACCACAGCAGCAGCCACAGCAGCAGCCAGCGACUAUGCCACAACAACCACCAAUGACGGGGCAGCAACAGCCACAGCAGCAACAGGUGCGGCAGCUGCAUCGAAGGACUUUCACAACGCCACAAAACCAGCAGCAGCAGCAGCGUCUUGUUGUUGUAAAGCAGCUGCGCAGGGUGCCGCGACGGGGCCCCUGCAGCCAACAACGGAAAGAGGGACAGCAACUGCAGCAACGCAAGAAGCAAAAGCCACAGAAGGUGGAUGGGACGCCGCCGGGUCAGCAAACAUCGCCGCCGCCGCCGCCGAAGAAACAGCAGCAGCUCAGCAGCGCGGGUUCGAAUGAGCCCUGCAGCAGCAUCGUGGCGGCAACGCCGGCUAGGGAUGCCCCACCCGCGGAGCCAGGAACCACAACAGGAACUGCAAGCCCGACGGCGACUGCCGCGGGCAGGAAGAAGAGAAGGCACAGGGUUAGGUCGGGGAAAGGAAGGGCAGAUGCGCAGGGGGUUGCCGGAGAGCAGGUUGCAGCUGGAUGAGAGUGUCAAGGGUUGGUUAUUGGCCGAGGGGAGGGGUGCAAGCCCAUCCUCUGUACAAGGCGGAGUUGUAUCCGUCGAGGUGGACCCACGGGGAUGAUGCCACCUUCAGUUGAUGACCCCUGAGGAGCCUGCUCCUUGACAUGGCAACAGCGGUGCUUCCUUGUGCGCUCUUACGCUUUUGCUCUUACGUGUGCUCUUUCACUGUCUGUUACGUAACUGCGGUGAGGUACCGGUAGUAGCGCGCAAGCUGUGACACGCAUGGGGCCAUGCAUGGCGUAUUAUUGCUGGACACACAGCCCACAGCACUUGUCGUGGAAGGUUAGAUCUAAUAACUUCAUGUAACGUGCGUCUUUCCG